AUGGCUGAGCAGGAAGUGAAGAAGGUAGAAGCUGAAACGCCGGCGGCUCCAGCUCCAGCUCCGGUGAAAACUAAAAGUGAUGUGGCGGAUGAGAAAAUUAAGGUUCCACCACCAGCAGCUGCAGAGAAAGAGAAGGCAGCUACUGUCGCUGAUGAAUCAAAAGCUCUUGCUGUUGUUGAAAAGAUAGAACCUGCUCCAAAGAAGAUUUCAGGCGGAUCAAUUGACAGAGAUGUAGCUCUUGCUGACCUUGAAAAAGAAAAGAGAUUGUCCUUUAUCAAGGCAUGGGAAGACAGCGAGAAAACUAAAGCGGAGAACAAGUCUCAGAAAAAGCUCUCCGAUGUUGCUGCAUGGGAGAGCAGCAAAAAGGCUGCUCUGGAAGCCCAACUGAGAAAGAUUGAGGAAAAAUUGGAGAAGCAAAAGUCAGAAUAUGCGGAGAAAAUGAAAAACAAGGUUGCUUUAAUUCAUAAGGAAGCUGAAGAAAAGAGAGCCAUGGUUGAAGCCAAACGUGGAGAAGAACUCUUAAAGGCAGAGGAGAUGGCUGCAAAAUAUCGUGCUACUGGGCAAACCCCGAAGAAGCUCCUUGGUUGCUUCUGA